UAGGGCUGUGUUGCGCACAGCCAGUAGACUCAUCGAUGGCUUCCUGAUGGUCAUUUCGGUCAAGUACCUCAACCGCCUUCCUGCCCUCCUUCCUUCGCUCUCCACUGACAUCUCACCUAUCCUCUAGUCUCCCCUAGCCAAAUCUUAGACGCAAAAAGAGAAUCACUUAUCCUCUGCUGUCAUUGCCAUCUAACCGAAAUGCCCUUUCCGUUCAAGUUGUUCCAGGUGUUCGCAAAGGUCAUUGCAAUACGUUUGAAGCGCCAUAAAAAUCAAGGAUGGACACAACACAACUCAAUAACCGCCAACCACGAGGGCCAUAGCUCUGUCAUGUGCCCUUGGGGCGCAUCCUCUGCCUGCGAAGCUUCUGACAUCGCUCAGGUAACUUUGUCCUUGGUACAGCCUUUGACACGUUUGCUUGUCGGGACUCCGAUGAACGUGGCUAUUGGCGGAUUAUUGGGAAUCCUUCAACUUAUAAUUAGAUGCGAUCAGAACAAGGCAGCUUUAGAUGACCUAGGAUCGCGACUCCAUCAACUGUGCUGUUACUUGUGGAGUUAUCGGAGAGACCUCUCAGCUAGGAAGUUGCAAGACACCUCAGCCCACCUGGAAAAGUUCCAAAAAUGGCAUCUCGCAUAUGCAUCUGUUACGCAAGCUAUCACCGCAUGCUCAACUGACAUCGACCAUUAUCUGACGCAGUAUUUGGUUGUGUUCUACUCCCUGGUGAUUGCUUGCAUUCACUCAUUACUCUAUGUUUUGCGGAGGCUGGAGGAGCGUCCUCAGAGCACCGAACAGGCCUUCGCGACACCAUCUGCAUCAAUUAUACCCGGAAGCGUCGCGCCUGGCUGCGUGACCCUGGUAGAUGCAGCAGGCCGCCAGCAAACGAUAUCAGUAAACUGGUGCACCUCAUAUCAGCGACUCAAUCAUAUGCUCCGAUUUCUGUUUGAACGCGACGCGAUUGAAGCCCAAAAUCCGAAGACAUUAUAUAGAGAAAGGAAACAUUGAACCAGGCACGAAGAUUGUGAUGAAGGUCUUCGUUGAACAGAAGAUACUAUCACUCUCUGGGGUUGACUAUGAAUGUCAUUUUUGCGGCGCUGUGAAUCGUCUUGGUGUCAAGUCUGUGAAA